CUUCUUCAUAGCUUUCUCCUCCAAUUCUCAAAAUCCCUCUUUUAUCUCCACACGAGGGAAAAACUCAAAUCUUUUCAUCUUCAAUUUGUCCUUUUUCAUAUAUGGUCAAACUUAGUUCACAACCAACUAUUGACUUGUUCCCUAUAAAUAAAAUCCCUCCCCCUUUCACUCUCCACACACAAGAUCUCAAAAACUCUUCCUUUUUUUCCAAGUUCAAUAUUAGCAAGGAAGAGCUUCACUUCACUAGAGGUUUGGACUUUGGAGAGUGAACGAUGCCGGCCAGAAAUUCCCGUCCGGCAAGAAAGAUGCCGUCGUUGGUUGAAAAUGAUGGAACUAAUACUGGGGUUCCGCUUGGUCAGUCAAGUAACAUUAUGGAUAGUCAACCUAAUUCAAUGGACAAUGUAUCCAACACAUCUGAAACUGAAAUGGUUCAAGAAUUUGAUGAUGCUGAUGAUCAUGAUGAACAAGAAGAAAAUGUCAAUACUAAUAGGAAGAGAAAGCGAUACCAUCGCCACACUCCUCAUCAGAUCCAAGAACUGGAAGCAUACUUUAAGGAAUGUCCUCAUCCAGAUGACAAGCAAAGGAAGGAUCUAAGUCGUGAAUUAGGGUUAGAGCCUUUGCAAAUCAAGUUUUGGUUCCAGAACAAGAGAACUCAGAUGAAGACUCAACAUGAGAGGCAUGAGAAUGCACAUCUUCGUGCAGAAAAUGAGAAGUUGAAGAAUGAAUUGAUGAGGUACAAAGAAGCUUUAGGCAAUGUAUCAUGCCCUACUUGUGGUGGCCAUCGUGUCAAUAUUGGUGAAAUGUCUUUUGAUGAACGCCAAUUAAGGUUGGAAAAUGCACGUCUCAAACAAGAGAUCGAACGCAUCUCAUCUAUGGCUGGUAAAUAUGUUGGAAAACCUGUAUUUCCAAAGCACAACAAUGGUUACACCACCAACUCUUCUCAUCAUGGUGUUGAUUUUAUUGGAGUUGAUCUUCCUCCAUACUCGACGCCACAAAGCGUCGAUGAAGAGGCAUAUAACAAUGGAGAUGUUGGUUUUGAAGAAGUUCCAAUAAUGAUUAAUGGACCAAUUAGUGAGGUUGAAAAACCAUAUAUUAUUGAACUUGUUGUAGCUGCUAUGGAUGAAUUUGUUCAAAUGGCACAUAUGCAAGAACCACUUUGGUUCCCUAGUAUUGAAAAUGGAACAAGUUUGUUGAAUGAAGAAGAAUAUUUUAGGGGUUUUCCAAGAGGAAUUGGACCUAGACCUAUUGGAUUUAGCACUGAGGCUACAAGGGAAACUACUAUUGUUAUAAUGAACCAAGUCAACCUUGUGGAGAUCCUCAUGGAUGUGAAUCAUUGGUCCGGUAUGUUCUCUGGUAUUGUCUCAAGGGCUUCAACUAUUGAUGUGCUAUCAACUGGAGUAGCAGGAAACUACAAUGGAGCUAUACAAGUGAUAUUAGCAGAAACUCAAGUAGCAUCACCACAAGUUCCAACUAGAGAAUGCUACUUUGCUAGGUAUUGCAAACACAGAAUUGAUGGAUCAUGGGCAGUUGUCGAUGUUUCAUUGGACCAGCUACGGGCUGGCCCAGCUAUUAGGUGCCGAAAAAGGCCAUCGGGAUGCCUUAUUCAAGAGAUGCCAAAUAGUUGCUCUAAGGUGACUUGGAUUGAACAUGUUGAAGUUGAUGAUUCAGCAGUUCACAAUAUUUACAAGCCACUAGUGAAUUCUGGUCUUGCAUUUGGUGCAAAACGUUGGAUUGCUACUCUUGAAAGACAAUGUGAACGUCUUGCAAGUGCUAUAGCCACACCUAUUCCAACCAAUGGCAUUUCUAACAUGGUGUUAUCAACUCAAGAAAGCAGAGAGAGUAUGUUGAAAUUAGCUGAGAGGAUGGUUAAGAGUUUUAGUUCUGGAGUAAGUGCCACAGCUGGUAAUCAAUGGACAACCUUAUCAUCAGGAAAUGGCAGUGAUGAAAUGGUUAGAGUUAUGACUAGGCAAAGUGUUGAUGAUCCUGGUAGACCACCUGGUAUUGUCCUAAGUGCUGCUACUUCAUUCUGGCUCCCAAUUUCUCCGAAAACCGUGUUCGAUUUCCUCCGUGAUGAGAACAUGCGAACCGAGUGGGACAUUCUGUCAAAUGGAGGUAUGGUUCAAGUAAUGGCUCGUAUUGCUAAUGGCAUGGAGACAUGCAACUGUGUCUCUUUACUGAGAGUUAAUAGUGACAAUGCAAACCAGAGCAACAUGCUAAUUCUCCAAGAGAGCAGCACAGAUCCAACAGGAUCAUAUGUCAUUUAUGCACCAGUUGAUAUUAAUGCAAUGAACAUUGUAUUGAAUGGUGGUGAUCCUGACUUUGUAGCUCUUUUGCCUUCUGGUUUCGCCAUUCUCCCCGAUGGACCUCCAUGGGGCAAUAGUGGCAGAGGAACUUACAAUAAUGGUUCUGGUGGAUCUCUGUUGACCGUCGCGUUUCAAAUUCUGGUUGAUUCACUUCCUACUGCUAAGCUUUCAUUGGGAUCAGUUGCUACUGUUAAUAAUUUGAUUGCUUGCACAGUAGAUAGGAUCAAGGGUGCUCUGUUAUCAGAGCCAUGAUGAACUUGAUAGGAUGACAAAGGAAUAAGGGGAAGUCAAGAGCGCACCUUUCAUCCUUUUACUACAAAAAAGGAUUUUUUUUUAAGAUUUAGGUUAAGGAGGUUCGUGAAAUGACUUCUUGUGGCAAUAUUCCAAAGAGAGGGAAAAAAAACUAUAUAGAAAAUAGGGUUUACCUUUAUUUUAUGUUAUGUGACUUUUUAGACUAUGAAAACUUGGUAGCAUUUGGCAGAUUGUUUUGUCUGCCUUUUGCAUUGUUAUGGUAUCAAAAUAUGUUAAACUU